AUGUCAAGAGAUCUGCUAGCUCAAACUCUCGAAGGCAAAGUUGCCAUUGUCACAGGCUCAUCUCGAGGCCUGGGCGCCGAUAUGGCCAUGGAUAUGGCACGGCGUGGUGCAAAAGUUGUGGUAACAUACAUAUCACCCUCAUCCGAAGAAAAAGCCGCAAAACUAGUCUCAGACAUCAAAGCCCUUCCCAACAAUGCUUCCGCCAUCCACGUCCGUGCCGACCUGGGCGACAUAACUUCGCCCGCUCACAUCGUCAAGUCUACGACCUCGGCAUUCGGCCCUGAUAUUCAUAUCCUCGUCAACAACGCCGCGCUCCAAGUGACUAAGUCCCUGUCCGAGAUCGCCACAGAGGACUACGAGCGCCUCUACAACGUCAACAUCCGUGGAGCUAUCUUCAUGACCCAGGCCGUUCUACCGCAUCUCCGCCCUCAGUCGCGCAUUAUCAAUAUUUCGUCCGUGGGCGGGCGGGCCGGCUUCGCCAGUUUGUCUUUGUACACGUCCUCGAAGGCUGCGCUGGAGGGAUUCACCAGGUCCUGGGCUGCAGAGCUGGGAGGAGACGGGACGACGGUGAAUGCGGUGGCGCCGGGCCCGGUUCAGAGUGAGAUGCUCAAUACGAUUCCGACGGAGAUCGUCGAGAUGCAGAAGGCGAAUACGCCAGUGGGGAAGAGGGUGGGUGAGAGUAUUGAGGUGGCGAGGGUGGUUAGUUGGUUGGCGAGCAACGAGGCCAGUUGGGUGAGUGGCCAAGUUAUUAAUGUGUCGGGAGGGUGGACGAUGUAUUAA